AUGUUAAUAUUAUGUUUAAUUUUGGUUGGAUAUGUAUUGAGCCAAAAAUGCAAUUAAAAUCUGGAUUAUUAAUCAUACAAAUUUUCAAUGAAUACAGUAGAUCCAAAAUCAGGAUAAUUAUGGAAUUAUGAUGAUAUAUAAUGUAAAAUUAAAUAUAAAUUUAGAGGUAAUAUCAAUAUGUCCAGCAACAACAUCAAAUAUGAAGGAAAUCUAGAGUUCAGUAAUGGAAUUAUUAAAUUUACAAAUAAUAUUGGAUAUUGCAGAAAAUUUAACAAUAACAAAGAAUAGUACAGCUGGUCCAACAUUAUAAUACAGGACUGAUGGAAUAAAGAUGAGAAGUUAAGGAUUAAAUAAUUAUGUUUCUUAUUAAUCAGAAUUCUUUUAAUUUAGUUUUGCUGAACAUAGUUUAGAUUUUUAAUCUUCAAUUCCAGAUGGAGAAUUGUAAAUAUUUAUGAUUUAGGAUCAAUUAUAUUCAUUAUGUGAGAUAGAGCCUAUUUAUUCAGUUAUUUCAUUUCCUAUAUAUAAAUUACCAGAAUAAUAGACAUUAAAAUUUAGUGCUGAUUUUAAUAUGAGUAGUGAUACAUUAAGUAAUUUCAAUUUUAAAUAAAAUAUAUUGGGGAAUAUUAAAUCAGAUACCACUUCUUAUAUCACAUAUAAAGCACCUAUCAAUAUUCCGUAUAAAUAUUAAUAAUUUUAGACCUUGUUUAACUGCUAAUUGGUAUAUAUCUUCAAUUCCAUUAUUCUUUAAACAAGAUUAAUUAUCUUAAUUAUUAUCAUAAAAUCCCUAUAAUAAUAUGAAAAGAGUUGAAAUAGAUAAUAGUGUUAUUCAUUAUAAUAAAGGAGUAAUUAAACAAUAUAUAUUAAUAGAAAAUAUUAUUUUAUGGAGAUUCUGAAUUUACUGAUUAUGAUGAUACUGUAGAAUGGGCUGCAACUUGGGUAGCAUCAAUAAUUCCAUGUUUAUUUUUUGCUAUAAUUGUUUGUAUCUAUGGUUAAUAUGAAAUAUCUAAUAUUGGAAGAUAUAAAAGACCUUAAGUUAAGCAUGUUGAAGGUGAGAUUGAAGUACUCAAUUAACAUGAUGAUUAAUUAGAUAAAUAAUUGUAAUGA